UUCAUUGUACCACUUCCUGUUGAAUAUUCUGGUUGGAUUGGUUCUGGGCAUACAGCUCCAUACAUGCCUGUGCGUCUGAUGUUGUUACAUACACAAGUACAGUAGUGCAGAUUUGUAAAAUCAUUUUCUCGCACAGCUUUUAUUCUGUAACUCCCCAGCCGAGGGCAAAGACACGGAUUGAGGUACUGGUUGGGGAACAUGGCUGAUCUACCCAACAUAACAAUGUCUUUGACAGUAAAUGUUACGGAGGGUAACUUUACAUCCCCUCCUGCAAGCAGUGUAGCACCGGCAGCUGUGGAACUUCACUCGUACGGAGUGCUGGUGUUCAUUGCCUGUUGGUGGAUCCUGGUCGCAGUGCUGGGAAUCGCAGGUAACUUCAUGGUCAUCCUUUCGGCGGUCCUGAGCGAGAGCGUCCGUACGAUGACCAACGUCUUGGUGGUCAAUCUUAGCGUGGCUGACCUAUGGACGAGCCUGUCUCUUCCUUGGACUGUCAUUGCGUUGAUCGGCAACGGGACCUGGCCCCUCCGGACCGUCGUCCCGUGCCAAAUAGCGGCAUUUAUGUGGCACACCGGCCUGGGUGCCAGCCUCUAUAUUCUGGCUCUCAUCUCAGUGAACCGCCUGGUCAGAAUCACCCGCCCUGGCAUCUACAGGCGGAUCUUCACUCCCUGUUCGAUGGUCGGCAUCGUCUUCAUCUCAUGGGCCAUCCCAUUCACCGUCAUCUUGCUCCCGCUCACACUUGGUAUCGGCAGCCUGGGGCACGAUCUCAAGUUCAACACAUGCACUGACGAUGACCUGCAUGAAGAGGCGGCCAAGUACAACCUCGCACAGACCAUCGGGUUCUACCCCAUCCCCAUGGUCACUGUUCUCAUCAGCUACAUCAUCAUCUAUAUCCACAUCAGACGUCACUUCAAGAGGCAGAUAGAACAGAAAAAGAGUAACAGCGCCACAUUGUCAGCGGAUCCCAUUGAAGCAAGUGGCACCAGUGUUGCUUCAAUGUCCGUGACCGGAUCAGACGCGACCAUGGUCGAGAAACGCAAAAUCAGUCGCCAUCAACUCCAGAUCACCAAGAAUCUCUUUCUUACUUGCUGUGCUUUCAUGCUGUUGAUCUCCCCUUACUUCAUCUACUUGUUCAUCCCGAAUGCCAACGAUGCAUUCGCCCUGUACGGCGCAACCAUUCUGAUUUGCAACAGCUGCGUGAAUCCAAUCAUCUAUGCCUCUAAGCACCCUCAAUUCAAGAAGGUUCUCCGGCCGAUGCUGCGGUGUCGAUGGAGCGAAAUACCACAACCGUCUAAAACACUUCGCUAUCUCCGGAAAAAGAUGAACCAGAACGCCUAAAAGCGUGAAAACUCACACUAGCAAGAGUACCUUGUUUAAAUUUGAGCAUGGUUCUGAAACUUUACAACUUUACACGAGGCGUUGUGUAAAAUUCCGCAACAUGCUUUAAAAAAAGCAAGGUAGCCUUGUUAAAAUUGAUGUCGUGUGAAAGGGGCUUAAUGGAUAUUUUAAUGACCAUGGACGCCAGAGGCGUAAUUUACAAGUCGUUAGACACUGCAGCUUUAAAGGGAGUUAGAUAUGUCCAAUACAAUGUUUUUUUCUUCUUCAAAUGUGACUGUUGUCUGUUAUUGAACCUUUGUCCCCGUUGCAAAAACUAAUAUUCUGAGAAGUAUUUCCCUUUGACAACCAUCGAGGAAACAAUUCCACAAAUUCUUUAUUUAUAGUCAAGCUUGUGAGUGUUCAGUAGAAAAAGCGGGGUAAAUAAUCUAUAGAAAGCUCCACCAUUGUAUUGUGCUUUCUCGACAGUGUGACCAUUAGUUUAAUUCUGAUGACUUGUUGGCCGUAUCCGAGUUGGUGAGUAUACGGCUGCGGCUACAGGUAUACGACGUGAACCUCUCGUCAUUAUGCGUUGAAGUAUAUGGAAAGUCCUUAGCAACAGUCGUAGCCGUAAGUCACCCAUUCGGACACGGCCUGAUGGCACUGCUUGUUUAGGUUUGGUAUAAAGUCUAAAAAUGUAUUUGCUGGUAUUUGGGAGACAGUUUUUCCUUUGCCAAUUCAGUAUUAAUCAAAAACAAAACUGGUUAGUAACUCCAUUAUCUCACAUUGGAAUGUUGACUAUCCAGUCACAUGAUGGUGAUUGGUGAGUGUGGGGAAACGUCCCCCUAAAAACACAGUGUUAAUAAGAUUCUCUUCACUAAUAUUAGUGGCAGUCACAUAUAUUAACAAAAACCACAAUGAUAGGGAAACAAGUGUUUUGUUUGUUUAUCUAAAUCCAAUAGAAACUGUACUGUAUCAAACCGAAACGCCAUGUAGUGUUUACAAAUCGUCCAGAGCACGAUAUAUAUUGUGUUGGAUUCAAUUCAAUAUGGGAAGUAGGGCAUUAGACCCAAUUUAAACUUUCGCAAUGUUCAACAAAAAACAAGCAGUGUUUUUUCUUCUUUGCUUGUAAGUUAGCAGCUAUAAUAUGAAUCUUUAUUCAUCUUCCAUUAUGAUCUUCAUUUGAAUUGUCAUCUCUUUAAUAUUUAAGCGAAUUUGAAAGUUUAAUCAGAAAGCAUACUUUUCAUUAUAGAAAGUUAAAUUGUGUUAGUUAUAUAAAAAGAAAAUGUUUUAAAAUUAAUUAUGUGAAAUGGCCACAUAUUUUUUAAUGUAUAAUUUACUGUUAUAAUCAAAGAUUGAUUAUUAUUAUUUUGCAAUCAUGAGAACAGUCGCGUUUAUUGUUAUAUUGUCACGAGGCCCGAGGCCCACUGAAGACUUAAUAUUUUUUUCAUUUUGUCAUCAAUAUAAUGCAAAAGGAUACCAGGAAGUACGUUUAUAUCGGAAAGUAUUGUUUCGCUUUGCUGUUCUAUGUUUGACAUUUGUGUACAGUAUACGUUGUCCACUAUUCCAACUGGGGCGCUGUGCCAAGUUGAUACUUCUUUCCUCAAAAGGUUAUAGCUGUUUUGUGUUGCAUUUCCAACAUUCCCUUGCAUCGGGAAUGAUACGAUUUGAUACAAUUUGUUGAUCUCACAGCAAAACGAAAGUCCAAGAUCAAACAAACUGAAAUAGAAGACAAUGUUUUAAAACUGGGCCUGAAAACGCUCUCACCCACAACCAGAUUUAAAUAGCUGUUCAGGAAACUCGAUUAGUUAUAUAAACAAGAUUUCUCAUAUCUAUCAUUGUUUUUAUUUACCUGUCAAUUUCUUUGAUUUGUAUAUUUUCUUUGGUAAACGCUCUGGAAACAAUAAUAAAUCAGAAAAAAAAAAUCUAAAACCGAAAUGUGUU